CACAGCCCCUCUAACUGAUGUAGUAUUAACAGAGAGGUAUUAAACUCAUAAACUGUUAUUUUUAUUUGGUGACCCGGAAGUUAAACUUGUGUUUCCGGGUGAAAAUUGCAAGCGGUUGUUUUAAACAAAACAUAAACAAACUAGUUCUACCUGAACAAGUACACCGAUUGUAUUAUUACAAAUCUGUGAUGGACAGAUUGUCGGAAACGGACAUUGAUACCAAAGUAGAACGGCUGAAAAAGAAGUAUUUGGAGAGGAGACCCCUGACAGGUGCAAGUCCCGAAAAGAAGUCGCAUGAUGACCAAAGGUUUGACAGCGGAGUGGGGAAGCGUCCAAACAGUCGUUGCGACUACCGCGAGCUCGAAUCCCACUGUCGAAGUCAUCAACUCCAAAAGGCUGUCACAGAUUUGCCAACUCGGGUCGGCAGGAAUAACGCUCCAAACGAAAGUGAUGAUGACUUGAACAUUGAUUACAAUGAUGAUUCCUUUUUGGAGCCAGAUGGCCAAUGUACAGAUACAGAUGUGACACUGCCCUCCAUCCUGGGCCCCUUACCAACUCCUUUGGAGACACCACAUUUGGGAGAGAAGCUGGAAAACCACAGGCAAGACUUCCCCCAGAAUACUCCCUCCGAUUUGGGACAUGUCCACAAGGAGCUGCAAGAGAUCUACGGAAAGUUGCAAUGCGAGCGGCUUCAUCAACAGAAAUGGGCUGCCCAGCUCUUGAAGCGAGAGCAGAAACUAGACCAGAGGGAGAGUUUGCUGGUGCAGUAUCAGGACACCUUGUUGCAGGUGUGUGGAGCGGAGGGCGGUGUCCACGGGUACAUCAAUGCAAUACAGCAGCAACAUCAAAUACAACUUGAUCAGUUGGACUCUGCCCUUAGAGAGAAGACGAAAGAAAACAAGAGAAUCAAAUCUAGUUUUUCCACCAUCAAAAACUUGAAUGAAUCCAUGAGGAAACAGCUAACAGAUCUUGGUGAGGAGAAGAAAAGAUCAGAGGAGCAGUUAAAGAAAGUACAAGCUCGUCUGGAGAACCUUCAGAGGAAGUACGACUUUGCAGUAGCACAGAAGGGGCGAGAAAAUAUUUGUCCCAAAUUAGAGCUGAAACCCUCUAGACCUGAUAAGGCUCCACCCGUUUUGAAACCUGCCAAGGUCCUAAGUAGUGGCACCUCUGGGAGGCUUCUGGCUCUCCUCCUGGACUGGGUUGUGGUGGACAGCCGGCUUGUCCAAGCCCCUGGGAAAGACGACGGCGUGGGUUGUUGUGCUUUUCCCUUGGAUGUGAUUUUGCCUCCCUCCUCCUCCUCCUCCUCGCCCCUCUCGCUGCAAGAGAGGUGUGCAAAGGCUUUGCCAGUGCUGGCUGAACAACUUCAACAGACAGCAGACAUCAACUCGUUCUUACAUCUGCCCCUGCUCAAAGUCAGCUACUGGUCGUUGGUACAAUUGGAUCAGAAUGUCCAGAACCGCUUAACAGCGACUGUGCGGAGAUUAGGGGAGGAGAUGACAAGAUGCUCCGCAGACCCAGGCGGUGUCAGUAAGGCCAGGCCCUGUGCUCUCUUCAGAAGCCCAUGCCGUCACACAAGGUUCCUGUCUAUGCUGAUCAUCCUCAAAACCAUCACUCAGGUGGACACCCUUGCGCAGGCUCUGGAGGCCCUGCUGGUGGAGCUGAGGGCUGAGGAGGGCCCCGUGCUCUUCCUGCACUACCAGGCCGUACCGGUCAUCUCAGCGCUGCUGCGGAGGGGCAGCCCCGGCCUGCUGGGUCCCGCGCUAGAUGUCCUCAUGACAAUGUGCGGAGAGUCCGCGAUGCAGAAGCCGUUCCUGGAGGCCUGCAGCUCUGAGGACUUCUUCAGCGCCGCCUCGCUACUCCUGCGCAACACGCGGCUGGAGCUGCCACAUCUAGAGAAGAUCGUCAUGCUCCUCCACAGGCUCUCUGCUAUGAGGAGGAACAAGAGGCUGUUUGAGGCCUUCUCUCUGCAUCUGGUGCUUCAGGAGAAGCACAGGACUGUUGACCCGGCACACACCUUCCUCUCCGUCAGCCUCAGUGCCAUCCUCUUCAACCUCGGCAUGCUGACACAGACGUAGAGAGAACAGAACCGCCUAGUCCUCCACAGCUUUUUGCACUCUGGAUGGUGGUGUUCUUUUGUAAUGAGUUGCGUUGAUUAGUCGCAUUAUGAAUGAAACGUGGCGUUAACUUGUGUUUGUAAAUGUUGUGUAAAACUUUGUCGUAACUAUUUCAACUGAAGGUCUUUGAAGCGUUGAUAAUUCUCCACAGCUUCUUUUACUUACUGUAGGUCCUGUGGCCUUGCAGAAUCACAAUCAUGUGUUUUUGUUUGCAUGUGUGUUUUGUAUUUGUUUUUCAUAGGCCUUUCGCUAAUUAAAGUCUUCGAGAGAAUGUUG